AUGUCUGGAUCGUCGCGCAGGACGCCCGUUAUCAUUGGUGUUGGAGACUUCGUCAACAGGUCAAAGAAAGUCCAAGAUGCCAUCGAGCCAGCUCAGCUCAUGAUACUUGCUAUUCAAGAGGCUAUCAAAGAUACUGGACUGGACGCUUCUACUCUCUCUGCGCUACAGUCAUCGAUCGACAGCAUCGAUGUCGUCAGAUCUUGGACCUGGCCAUGCGAUUACCCAAACCUCAUUGCCGAGAAACUGGGAUUCAAACCACUACAUGCACACUAUAGCGAUCAUGGAGGCAACCAACCAGCAUACCUCCUCGACGACGCCGCAAGAAGAGUCUCCAAAGGUGAAUGCAACGUCGCCGUCAUCACAGGAGGCGAAGCACUAGCAUCUCUCACCGCUUACGCUGCCGCUAAGAAAAUGCCACCACCCGGCUGGACACCACCAACAGAAGACGUCGACUCCGUCUUCUCCCCAACCACCAGGAAACUCGAACCAAGUCUCGGCGAACGACACUCCAUCGGCAACCCCAUCCAACUCUACCCCCUCUAUGAAAACAGCUUCCGCGCCCACCACGGCCAAUCACUCAAAGCCAACCACGCCGAAUCAGCACAGAUGUACGCCGACUUCGCCAAAGUCGCCGAGCAGAACCAAUACGCCUGGAACUACGGCUCCCCAGCCGAAACGGUAGAGAGCAUUGGCACGGUAUCGAAGAAGAACAGAAUGAUCUGCCUCCCUUAUCCCCUCCUCAUGAACGCCUUCAACACCGUCAACUGCGCAGCCGCCUGCAUCGUCACCACAGCCCAGCACGCCCGAGACCUCGGCAUCUCCCCCGAAAAACUCAUCUACCCUCUCGGCGGCGCAGGCACAUCGGAUAGUAACGACUUCUGGCUCCGCCCGACCUUCUGGUGGAGCCCCUCGAUUUCCCGAUCCCUCGAUGCCGCAUUUGAAGUCUCAGCGGUCCAGAAAGAUGAGAUUGACCUCUACGAUUUCUACUCGUGCUUCCCCAUCGUGCCGAAACUGGCGUGUAAGCAUCUCGGUUUGCCGACGACGGGGGGUCAGAAGCCGAUUACGCUGCUUGGGGGGUUGACGUCGUUUGGUGGGGCGGGGAAUAAUUAUUCGAUGCAUGCUAUCUCUGAGAUGGUGCGUCAGUUGAGAGGAGGGAGGGGGAAUACGGGGUUGAUUCUGGCGAAUGGGGGCUGGGUGACGUAUCAGCAUGUUGUGCUCUUGUCGAGGUCGCCGAGGAGUGAUGGGUUGCCGUAUCCGGAUCAGGCGCCGUUGCCGAAGGUUGUGGCGGAUGUGCAUGUGCCGCCUGUGGUGGAGCGGGCUGAGGGGGAUGCUGUUGUUGAGACUUGUACGGUGGAGUAUGGCAGAGAUGGCAAGCCGUCUAUGGGCCAUGUAGUGGGACGGCUGAGGACCGGGCAGCGAUUCCUUGCGAACCAUGCGGACGAUCGGACACUGCAGGAGCUCUGCAGCCGGGAUGUUGAGCCUAUCUUGCGAAGUGGUAAAGUGAUAACAAGUGCAGACGGACGGAACCUGUUCUCCUUCGGCGAGAGUUCGAAGUUAUGA